AGGUGUGAGCACCGGCCGGAUCCGUGGGACACGCGGCUCCAUCUUGGCCGCCCCCGUGCAGUGCGGCACAGCCCCUCUCCGCCGCGGCCAUGCCGAUCCUCAAGCAACUCGUCUCCAACUCUGCCCACUCCAAGCGGCGCUCACGGGCUGACCUGACGGCCGAGAUGAUCAGCGCGCCGCUGGGGGACUUCCGCCACACCAUGCACGUGGGGCGGGCAGGGGACGCCUUUGGGGACACCUCCUUCCUCACCAGCAAGGCGGGGGGAGCCGAGCCGGGGCCGGAGGCGGGCGCCGGGCGCCUGCCCCCCGGCCCCCCCCACCCCCCCCGCCGCUUCCGCAGCAGCAAGCGCUCGCAGUCGGUGACGCGAGGUGACCGGCGGGACAUGCUGGGUUCUCUGCGGGACUCGGCCCUCUUCGUGAAGAACGCCGUCUCCCUGCCCCAGCUCAACGAGAAGGAGGUGGACAGGAGUGCGGGGCAGCUGCCCAAGAGCCUCUCCUCCAGCCCCGUCAAGAAGCUGCCUGAGGAGGUGAGCCCCGAAGAGCAGCAGCGCCCAAACGGGGCGACCGCUGGGCCGCUGAGCCCCGGCUUGGACGAGCGCGACUUCGGGGACAUCACGGAGCUGCCCGUUGUGGUGGCCAAGAGCGGGGCGGGCAUGAAGCACGCAGAGUCCAUUAUGUCCUUCCACAUUGACCUGGGGCCCUCCAUGCUCGGGGAUGUCCUGAGCAUCAUGGAUAAGGAGCAGUGGGAGCAGGACGAAGACCCCGAGGCGGAGGAGAGCCGUGAGGAGGGGGCGGAUGCCGCCCUGCCCGGCUCCCCGGUGGUGGCGGCAGCCCUGCCGAGCCAGAGCCCGUCCCGCAGCGCCAGCGGCCGCUGCCCCAGGGACAGCAGUUCGGCAUCCAGUUGCACCUCGGGGCCGGAGGAGCGCAGCCCUGUCCCUGGGCCACCGAGCCACCGGGGCCCCCCAAAACGCCCUGACAAGGAGUUCUCGUUUGCUGACGAAGAUGAUGACGAGAUCAGAGUAUAAAAGACGAGCGGCCAAGCCAAGGGGUCUGGUUCUCAUUUGCGGUUGCUUGGACACGGGGCCGAAUACCCCGGUGCUGCAAUGGGUGGCACCGGGGAAGACUCAACUCCUCACUCGUUCCCUCUCCCUGUCCGGUGGUGGACAUGCCGCCGCAGGACAGCACUCUGUGCCCGGGGCCGGAGCAGCCCUGAUGCCUCUUGGCUCCCGGAGAGCUCCAGCACAUCCCGGGAGGGGAAAGCAGACUCGCUUUCAGUUACUUCUGUUGGACUUCGGAUAUUAGCUCUUUUCUUUUUUCCCCCCUGCCCAUGUAAAGCAAUAUAGGAUCAAACAAGACGAGGCUUCGAAGUUUUAGCCCCUUUAGUAAUAUAUAUAUUUUUUUCCGCCAUAUGGUUUUUACUGCUCUCUGAUUUGUACUUAACUUUCUUUACUCUCGCUUUUGGUUUUAACGGAGGGGAGAUUUCCCAUGAGGAAGGACUUAGCUCUGGAGCUCAGAGGGGGCUUGGGACUGUGGGCAGCUCCAGCUCCCCAGGUUUCUUGGGGACUUUCUGCAGACUGAGAGCCUCCGGUCUCGUGCCGCGGCGGGGUCUUGCUCCCCAUCCCUCUGAUGGAUGGAUCCAUCCCAGAUGCCUGACACUCCAAACAGCCCGGGGUUUGUAGGGAUACCUCCCUGGCCAGCCCUGGCACUGGCUGCUCCCAGGGAUGCUGAUGGGAAUGUGGGUCUGUCCCCCGUGGGAGGAACGCCUGGGACCCCCCGUGAGCCAAGGCGAGCCCCAGUGUCCUGCGUGCCAGGCGGCCGCCGUCACAGGGCAGGUCUGGCUGGGCAGUACCGACGCUGGCCUGGUGCAGGCAGAUGGAAGAGGAGGGUUUUAUAUCAUGUAUGUACAAAUGCAAAGAAUAAA